UUUAAUUUUUUUGUAGUAAGUGGGGAAAGAAUGAAGGUGAGAAUAACAAUUGUAAAAAUUAUAAAACAAAUUAUAAUUCCAUAAAAAUUGCUUAAAAAUUAUCAAAUGUAAAAUUUCAAUCAAAUCACGUAACAGGAAGUGGUACUUUAUCAGCACAUAUGCUAAGAAUUUGUUGUAUAAAUGUUCUAAAACUCAUAUCUUGGUCACUUGCGCGCUAGGAUAUGUGGUUAAAAUCGUUCCGCGAGUAACAAAAACAUUUAUAUUGCUAAUAAUUCUUUGGUGUCUGUAAUGUAAACAAGAUUUAACAAAGGAAUCUAUAAUAAAUAAAUUUAAAUACGUGAAGUUAUGUUCGAAUCUUUAUGAUAAGACAUAAAUAAAAAUGAAUGUCAACAUCUGGAUAUAAUAACGUACUCAAAUUUACUAAACUACUUUUCAUUUUCUUAAUUUAACUCAAACUUAGUACAUCCGAUUUGUUGUUUUCUUACCCUAGAACAUUAAUCGUUAAAUUUAUUGCUCAAUUUAACUUUUUACGUUAACAUUCGCAAAGCGAAUUCGCUUUCUAUACCCGGAGUGGAGUGUGUUUAUAAUUUUAUAUAUAGAUUUGUACACAUAGUAAAGUCUCGAGGAAAGAAGCUGGCCUCAGUCGGUUUCGGAGGUGCGAUGAGAGAACCGUAUCGUAUAAAAUUUUAGGAAAAUGUCGGCUAUAAACAUAGCAGUUUUGAACAACAACAGUCACAUAGCUGGUAAAAUUGAGGAACCAACACCGUUUUGGACCGAAGAAUCUGUAGUUGAAAAUGAAGAUUCUGGUCAAAGUUCGAUUGAAAUCGAUUCGGACGAUUCUGAUUCGCAAUGUGAGAUGAACGAAAUGUGCAGAAUAAAUCAACAGAUUUGGGAAGAUAACGAGAUUGUUGAAGAUUUACACGCUUUACCAGGUGUAGAUGAUCUUUUUGAAAAUAUUUCCAAAGAUAACAUAAACACGAAGGAUAAUUUAUCCAGUGCUUUAUUAAUAGCUUCAUGGUUGGCAAAAGAUAAAUUAAUUAAACGUUGUUUAGAUGAAGGUGUUGACCCUAAUGUUAUGGAUAUAAAAGGAAGAACACCACUUCAUUUAGCUUCUGUAUCGGGUGGACCAGAAUGUUUAAAGAUGUUAAUCGAACACGGCGCCGAUGUAAGAAAAUGGGAUCGAUUAUUUAAAGUAACUCCAUUACAUUGUGCAGCUAGUAAAGGACACAUUUGUUGCGUAAAAAUUUUAAUUAAACACGGCGCCGAUGUCAACGCAAAUCUUAGCCAGAAAAGUCCGUUACAUUACGCCGUUCAAAGUGAAGCCAUCGAAUGUAUUAAAGAAUUAUUAGAAGCUGGUGCGCUGCCAUACACUUCGCAGGUUUUUAGUGAAACUCCGUUACACGUGGCAGCAGCGAUGGGUUCUCCAGAAAUUUUAAAAUUACUUUUAAGUUACGGAGCAUCCGUUUCAGUUCAAUGUGGCGCCGAAAGACAAACUGCACUUCACUUGGCAGCCGCCGAUGGAGAGUUGAAAUGCGUUGAAAUUUUAUUAGAUUCUGGAGCGGACAUUGAGUCAAAAAAUCGAAAACAUCAAACUCCUUUACAUUUAGCGACGUUAUACCAAUCAACGGAAAUUUUAGAAUUAUUAUUAAAACGAGGAGCUAGUCCAAACGCCCGAGAUAUCGAUGGGAGGACACCUUUACACACCGCUAUUGUUAAAUUUUCUCGUUCUUGUGAUAUCCCCAAAACGCUAUUAAAUGCAGGAGCAGAUGUUAAUCAACCAGACAUUUAUGGUUACACUCCUUUACAUCUCGCCGCAUUAAACGAAUUCUCACAAUGUGUAAUGUUGUUAUUGAGUUUUGGAGCAAAUAUGACUGCAAGAACAAAUGGUGGAAUAUCAGCUUUAACAUUUAUAACAAGAAGAACGCCGGAUAUAAUUCCGAAAUUUCGCGCUAAAUUAGACACUUCGAUUCGAUUGAACGAUCACGAGAUAGGCGACGUCGAUUGUGAAUUAAAAUUAAAUUUUAAGGUUCUAGUUCCAUCCGUGGCAAACGGUGAAACUGAUUUACUGUUAAACUUCAUUGAAGUGGGACACAAAGAAAUUUUAAUGCAUCCGUUAUGCGAGACGUUUUUAUUUUUGAAGUGGAGAAAAAUAAGAAAAUUUUUCUUAUUCAGUUUAUUUUAUCACGCUUUAUUCGUUUUUUUGUUUACCGCUUAUAUUUUAGGGGUUUAUUUAAAAGGUUGCGUUAUUGAAAAAGUAAAUAAUUCAACAACAAAUGAUUCAAAUAAAGAUAUUCCUUGUGAAAUCCCAACUUCAUUAACAAUCGUCGCUUAUUUCUUAAUAAUAUUAAAUUGUAUGUUAAUGGGAAAAGAGAUCUUUCAAAUAACACACAGUUGGUUAAUUUAUAUUAAAGAAUGGGAAAAUUGGUUGCAAUGGUUAAUUAUAAUCAGCGUUUUUUGUUGUGUAUCGCCUCAUUCGAAUGAUUUAAAGUCAGAUUUAAGCGAAUGGCAACAUCACGUAGCAGCCAUUAGUAUCUUUUUGACAUGGCUUGAAUUGAUGAUGAUUGUAGGAAGGUUUCCCAUUUUUGGUCUUUAUAUUCAAAUGUUUAAAACCGUUUCAGUAAACUUUUCAAAAUUUCUUAUGGCGUAUAUGUGGUUAAUUAUGGCUUUUGGACUUAGUUUUGGUGUUCUCUGUUCUAAUUAUAAAGCAUUUAAAAAUCCUGCUUAUGCUUUAUUAAAAACAAUCAUUAUGAUGUCUGGUGAAUUAGAAUAUGAAGACGUUUUCUUUGACGAAGACGCUCCUAUAAUUCAUCCUUACACAGCGCAUCUUAUGUUAUUACUUUUUGUGGUUUUAGUGACGAUAAUUCUUGCUAAUCUUAUGGUGGGUUUAGCCGUUAGCGAUAUACAAGGUUUGCAAAGAAGCGCCGGUUUGGAUAGAUUGGUUCGUCAAGCAGAAUUAGUUGCGCAUUUAGAAAGUAUGUUAUUUUCAAAGUUAUUGUAUUGUGUUCCGCGCAGAUUAUUAGCUUGUUUACAUAAACAAGCUUUAUUGAUGAGAUCUGAUUAUGAUUGGGCUUUGUAUAUCAAACCAAACGAUCCGAGAGAACAAAAAAUUCCUAAAGAAAUUAUUAAAAGUAUUUAUAAACUGGUUGUAGGAAGAAAAGAUAAACAAAAACGAAAAAGGAGAAGUAAUAAAUCGAGAUGUGGCGAUAAAGAAUUAAUUUCUCGAGUUAAUUCAAAUACAAGUUCCAUAUCUAGAGAAAAAAUGUAAAUUUAUAUGUUGUUUUAAUUAAAUGUUUUAUACACAAAUUAUUGUGCUUACCAAUAAAUCACAAGUAAAACUC